CCCGCCGCGAGAGCAACAAUAAUGAUCCUUCCCACACGCACUAUGUCCCCGCCGCAUGGGGCUUUCCAUCCGCCGUCGCACGCGCAUCCUGACGAGGAGCCCGUUUCCCGUACUUACCAAUACAGAAAAGUUAUGAAACCAAUGCUUGAAAGAAAGCGACGCGCUCGUAUCAAUCGUUGUCUUGACGAACUCAAAGAUCUCAUGGUGACCGCGCUCCAAGCUGAAGGAGAAAACGUCUCGAAGUUGGAGAAAGCUGACAUAUUGGAACUCACAGUACGCCAUCUCCACAGCCUGAAACGAAGAGGACAGUUAGUGCUUAAACCAGAAAUGUCAUACGCUGAACGUUUUCGUGCGGGAUUCGCUCAAUGUGCUACGGAAGUGUCACAGUUUAUCACCAACGCUACUGUUGCAGCUAAUGCGAUGCAUCGACAAGGCCCAGUUGAUCCUCAAGCUGGAGCGAGGUUGCUUCAGCAUUUGAGCAAUUGUAUAAGAAGAUUAGAAGCUCCUCCAGUUGUGCAACCUCAGCCGCUUGCGCCUGGUGCUGUGGCAAGACCUACUCCAGUGCAAGCGAUAGCACCAGCACCGGCUGCAGCACAAGUCCUUCAAAGGACGUCAAUAGGAGAACGAGGAGUUAAAAGACAGGCUGAGGAACCGAUUGACGUGGAAACGAUUGGAACGAAGAGAGCAUAUGCACCGCCCUCACCGCCACACAGCCCCGCCUCCGAAUCAGACUCCGCCCAGUCGAUGUGGCGGCCGUGGUGACCCACCGCCACCUCGUGAUCUCCUCCACGUCCAGGACUGUGACACCAGUGUGAUAGUUACGAAUGUUUUGUUGUUUGAUACCGUUAACGUUCCUAGAACCGAUGUGUUAGAAAAUUAUGCAUGAACUCGCUUUGCUUGUUGGAGUUUUGUUUUUAAUUUAAUAAAAUAAGGUUUUGUUUUUACGAGUUAACUGUUAUUUUUAUAUUCCUAACUUCAACAUCUUCCGCGUCGGUUAUGCAUUUACUUGUUAAAAUGAUAAGAAGUACCAUAGUUUAGCGUAGUACCUAAGUUAAUACUGUGAUACAUAUUUGUAGACUCUACUCGAACAGGAGUUUGUUAGGUCUAUGUAAAGACAUAUGCUUUAGAAUAUACAUCGCUAUAAUAGUGAAUGAAAAGAGAAUAAUAAAGAGGUUGUAUAUUAUAA